GUGCAUCACGAUAACCUGAAGCUUCUCCAUCCACUCAUCAUGGUGGACUACUACCAGAUUUUAGGAGUGCGGAGGGAUUCAACUGCAGAUGAUAUAAAGAAAGCGUACCGAAAGCUUGCUUUAAGGUGGCACCCCGAUAAAAAUCCUGAGACCAAGGAGGAUGCAGAGAGGAAGUUUAAAGAGUUGUCAGAAGCUUAUGAAGUCUUGUCAGAUGCCAACAAGAGGAGCGUAUAUGAUCGUUACGGUAAAGAAGGGCUGGUGAGGAGCAACAGUGGAAGAGGUGGACAUUUCCCCAAUGGAGAGCAUUUCCAUGAACCAUUCACAUUCCGUAACCCAGAAGAUGUUUUCCGGGAAUUUUUUGGUGGUAGAGACCCAUUUGCAGACUUUUUUGGAUCAGAUCAGUUCUUUGAUGAUCCAUUUUUCAGCAGACGGCACCAAGGUCGGGUGAGUCGCAGUCAUACAGGAGCCCCGUUUUUUGGAGGCUUUGGUUUUCCUCCAUUUGGUGCUGGACUCUCACCUUUUAAUCCAGACUUUGGUCCUUUUGGACCAAUGAGUACCAUGGGUCACAUGGGCCACAUGACAGCUCUGGGCAGUCUGGGAGGUGGUGGCUUCACUUCUUUCUCAUCCAGUUCAUUUGGAGGAGGAGGAAGUAAUGGAAACUUUCGCUCCGUGUCCACCUCCACUAAGAUUGUUAACGGCAGAAAGAUAACUACUAAAAGGAUUGUUGAAAAUGGUCAGGAACGCGUGGAGGUGGAAGAGGACGGCCAGCUGUGCUCUCUGACCGUUAACGGUAAGGAGCAGCUGCUUCAGCUGAAACACAAGUAAAAACGCCUUCUGCUGGAGAAGCUUUACGAUGACUGAAAUGGACCAAUAACCUUU